AUGGGGCACACGAAUGUAUCAGAGGAAGUUCACGCUCUGUCACUUCGCAGUGCAACAUAUCUAGGACUGUACUCGCUCGAGCACGCAUCGCUGAAUCACGCGCAUCGACUCUCGCAGGAGUAUGUGUCUGACGUAUUCGAUGCACUCCAUUCAGCUUCCAAGCGAUGGAAAGAACACCUCAACUCAACUGUGACAGUGAACAAAAAUACAUCAACGCCGGCGCAAAUCAGGGAAUUGGCCACACAAGCAUUAGAGCUAUCGUUUGCGACGCAAGGUCUCCGCGAAGCUUCUUCAUCUGCAGUUUAUAUACCCCCUCCGAUACCCCCGAAGCUUUGGACGGGCGCCCUGUCUCGUGCGUCUGAGCCAUCGACCGAUCACCGCCUUGCCGUCGAAACACUGCACACAUUGUGUCAAGUUAUCAUACCAACAGCAUCCGACAUGCAUCUGGAGUGUUUCCAGGAACGUAUCGAUAUGCAAGACACCAACUCCUCAUUAGACAAGAUCCAUACGCUCACAUGCGGUGGUCGCAUUAUCGUGCUCGACAUUGAGCUGGACCUUGCUUCUCAAACAUCUUCCUCGUGGAUACCACAUGUCUCGCUGCAGCUGUCAUUUGCAUCUGCGAAUGGUGCCCAGUCACCGACCAGCAAGGAUAGUGGGCUUGCAGAAGUCGUCCGCUUGCCACUCCAACAGCUGGCCCGCAUCAUGUUUGGCCUUCCUGUGGACCACCAACUUUUGCAGCGCUUCUGUAAGGGAGCUCGGCUCGAUUCUUCCUAUGCUCAGACAGCUGCUCUUUGGCAUUCCUUCACUUCCACACUUGCUUCACUCGCUUGUAUUGAUGGAUUACAUGCGUUUUCCCCAUAUGGUGACACACUUGAUGCAUUCCACGUCCUUGAGCAAUUGGGGUCAGCCGCACUCCAUGUCUGCUCAGUCGAAGCGGAUGAACUAGCUCAGCUUCACGCACAAAGCGUUGAUCCCGCACGCCCGCUUCACGACCAGCCAUCAAUCACUCGCUUGUUGCACCGAUAUGGACAUGGCCUUGCUUUGCAUCACUACCAUACCCCGUACUUGUGUAUUGCAUUCACGCCUGUCCACUCGGCUACCGUGCGCAUCGCACCCAGCGCUGUCCCCUUUGCGCCAGACGCAAAGCCAGCGUGCACACUCGUCUCAUCAGCACGCAUGCCACAGAUGGUGUAUGAGCCAUUCCAAGCUCGCAGUGCUGACUGUGACCAAGCACGGCCUUUAGCCUUCAUUGCUCACAUUAAGCCGGCGUUGCUGGUUCCGCACCGCGUCGCGCGCCACGUGUAUCUGGCACUCGGCCUCGCUCGCCACCACUUGUCGACAUCCAAGCCGCGCCGCCCCAUUCAUGGCUAUGUCGCCCAGCUUGUUAGGACGAGCCACCGGUUCUGUGCAUCACUUCGCGAUGAGGAAUGCCGCAGCAUCACAUCACUACCAUUCCAGAGUCUCGCGCAUUUGUAUGCUGCGCUGGAAAUCCUGCAGGAGCAUGCACAUUGGGCUGCCCUGUUGGCCAGCGCACAAGACGACCCUUCAGGAGAAAGCGGGUUAGUAACCACUCUUCAGCUCGAGUCUGACACCGAGCCGAGUAGCUCGUGGCUUCGACUUAGUACCCUCGUGAGCGAGCAGGACAUGGUUAUUAAUGCCCAGCUGCGUCAUCGUAAGGGUUGGCAGCUUCAAGCACAGGCCGUGAGCCUGAAGCAGCGCAUUUCCACGAACCUCCCCGACGACAAAGCGCACACUUUUGCCGAGUCUCUAAACAUGUGCGCACAACUGGGAGGCCUUGUUAAUGAUCUGCUGGCGUGGACACGCACACUACAGUAG